CUAAGCGCGAGCUGUCAUACGUGGGGGCGCGAGGCACGGGCCGCGGAGCAUCACCGAGCGCCAUGUGUGUGAGUGUGUUUUGAUCCUUGAGACGCGUUAAGAAAAAACAAACAAACAUAUAUAUAUAUAUAUGUGUGUAUGCAUAGAAUAAAUUAAUAAAUAAGUGAAAAGGUGCACGAGGCAUUCCGAUGGUGCAGCGUCUUCACUGUGCAUCUAGAGAUUGAAGAUAAUCUGCAGGGUUUUUUUGACUCCAGGAUAAAUAUUUUGGUGACAACAAGUGGGAUUUUUUUGUUGUUGUUGUUGUUGAAACAAAAAUAAAUAAAUGGAGGAGCGGAAGGAUCCGUCCGAGCGCGAGAGCGCGUCCCCUCCGGUUCUAGCGCGCGAGGCGGCGCCGCAGGUCCACCGCACCACGAACUUCUUCAUCGACAACAUCUUGCGGCCCGACUUCGGCUGCAAGCGCGAGCUCCUCUCGAGCAGGGAAAACGUCAGCCCGCUGGUCGCGAGGCCGUCGUCGCGCGGGGACUCCACCGACCACCGCACUUCAUCGUCGUCUUCUUCUUCAUCAUCAUCUUCGUCCUCGUCUCCGUCGUCUUCGUCGUCUUCCUCCUCGUCGUCGUCGUCCAAGGUGCUGCUCGAGGGAAGCACGAAGUGCGGAGACGGCUCGAAUCUCACGGCGGUGAACGGCGCGAGCGGCGGCGGUGGAGGUGGAGGCGCAGCAGCAGCAACAACAACAACCACAACAACCACGGCGGCGGCCAAGGACUCCUCGCAACCUCUUCUGUGGCCCGCGUGGGUCUACUGCACGCGCUACUCGGACAGACCCUCAUCCGGACCGAGGACCCGGAAGCUGAAGAAGAAGAAGAGCGACAAGGAGGACAAGCGGCCGCGCACCGCCUUCACGGCAGAGCAGCUGCAGCGGCUCAAGGCGGAGUUCCAGGCGAGUCGCUACAUCACGGAGCAGCGGCGGCAGUCCCUCGCGCAGGAGCUCAACCUCAACGAGUCUCAGAUCAAAAUCUGGUUCCAGAACAAGAGAGCCAAGAUCAAGAAGGCGACGGGCUACAAGAACGGACUGGCUCUGCAGCUCAUGGCGCAGGGACUCUAUAACCACUCCACCACCACCAUCCAGGAGGACAAGGAGGACAGCGAGUAGCAACGUGCACGAGCCAGCUGAGGAUGGGGAUUAAUCGUGUUUUAACAACAACAACAACAACAACAACAACAAACCCAUUCAUAAUUUUCUUCUUCUCCGUGAAUUUUAUACAAAAAAUAAAAUAAAAAAAUUAAUAAAACGAUUGGCGCAAUUAUUGGGGUCCAAGCACCAAAUAUGCUGGAUACCACUUAUUAUUAUUAUUAUUAUUAUUAUUAUUAUUAUUAUUAUUAUUAUUAUUAUUAUUUGGAGAAGAAGAUCAUUAUCACUGAUCUCCUCCUCCUCAUCUCCUCAUCCCCUCAUUUCAUCACUCAAUGAUAUAGAAAAAAGACGCUGAGGACGCUGUUUUUUUUUUUUUAUUUUAUUUUAUUUUUUUUUAAAGGAGAUUCAUAUAAAACGCGGAAUUUCAUGGACGCUUCACCCAGAGCGACCCUCUUACAUGAAGAAGAGGACAAUAAUUCCUUUUAAUUUAAUUCUGUACAAAUAUAUGGACUCUAUAAAGAUUUCUAUAAAUAUAAAUAUAAAUAUAUAUAAUAGCCAAAAUUGUAAGAUGUAUAUAUUUAAAAUUCAGGUAAGGGUUGAGACGUGUGUUCCUCCUUACUUGCUGGCAAUUUUUUUUCUUUCUUUCUUUUUUUCUUUUCUUUUUUCUUUUCUUUUUUUUUUAAACUGUUCCCCUUCCUGUGUCAUACUUUUUAGAUCUUUUUUUUUUUUUUGGUGAUUGCACUGUCCUGCAUAAUAAUUAUUAUUAUUUUUAUUUUUUUUAAAAAAAGAAAACCUCGCACAGAUUCUACACAAGGACGUAAACUGAACCGAUGCUUCAAACCAAAGAUUUUCACCUGUUUAGGCAUUAUGUUGUCUGAAAUAAAAAAAAAAAAGAAGAAGACAAAAGUUAGAAUCAAAGUGUGAUCAAAUUUGGUAAACAAAUGCGUGCUUUAUUUCAUGCAAGAUAUUUAUAUUUAUAUUCAUUCAUUUGUUUUUCUUUCUUCAGUGUGGUCAAGGUCCUAACAUUAAUAUUAAUUAAUUGUAAGUUUUAAAUCUAUCUAUCUAUCUAUCUAUCUAUCUAUCUAUCUAUCUAUCUAUCUAUCUAUCUAUCUAUCUAAUUGAAAAAACCUGCUGAAGUUCAACAUUACAUCAUUGUAUCUAUCGACCAAUCAUAUAUGACAAUGACAACAUUGACAUUUAGCAGUCAUGGUGUCAUUUCACGUAUCACAGAUUUAUUGCUUUCUAAUUUUUCUCCA